AUGACGUCACACGGCGGUGAAACAGCCCGGCGCGUGCGCACCGCGCGCUCCCGACGCGGCUCCUCCUCCUCCCGCCCCCGACCCCCCGGGGAGCAGCCGCACGCCUCGGAUGUGGUGAGUUACGCGCCCUUCACGCUGCUCCCGUCCGCAGUGCCACGGGCCUUGUUUGAGCAAGCCUAUGCUGUCCAGCAGGAUUUUAACCUGCUGGUGGAUGCCAUCAGUCAAAACAAAGAAUUCCUGCAGAAAACUCUGGCCAGCACAAUCAAGGUAGACGACUUCACAGCUCGACUCUUCAGAAUCUACAUGCAGGUUUUGGAGGAAGGCUUGGCUCAGACUGUGUUUUUGGGCAUCAACCGCUCGGAUUACAUGUUUGACUGUGGGCUGGAUGGCAGAGCAGCUCUGAGGCAGAUAGAAAUAAACACCAUUGCUGCCAGCUUCGGGGGGCUCACCUCCCGCACCACCGACGUGCACAGGUUGGUGUUGAAAGUGCUGGGAAAGACUGAGGAGGCAUCGCAGCUGCUGCCCAACAACCCAGCCAAGGGACUGGCCUUGGGAAUUGCCAAAGCCUGGCAGCUCUACGGGUCCCAAAGGGCUGUUGUGAUGUUUCUGGUGGAGGAAGUCCAGAGGAAUAUUUUUGAUCAGCGUUGUGUAGAAAAUGAGCUUUGGAACAGGAAUAUCCGUGUGGUCAGGAAGCGCUUCCGGGAUGUGUUUGAGCAGGGCUCUCUGGAUGCCAGCAGGAGGCUGUACAUGGAUGGCCAGGAGGUCGCAGUGGUGUAUUACAGAGAGGGCUACGUGCCCCAGGUCUACGACCAGCAGAACUGGGAGGCGCGGCUGCUGCUGGAGAGGUCGCGGGCAGUGAAGUGCCCUGACAUUGCCACGCAGCUGGCAGGCACCAAGAAGGUGCAGCAGGAGCUCAGCAGGCCAGGCAUGCUGGAGAAGCUGCUGCCAGGCCACCCCGAGGCCAUCGCUCGGAUUAGAGCCACCUUUGCAGGACUCUACUCCCUGGACGAGGGUGAAGAGGGUGACAGAAUAGCUGCCACAGCCAUCGCUGACCCCGACCGCUUUGUGCUGAAGCCUCAGCGUGAAGGUGGAGGGAACAACCUGUAUGGUGAAGAACUCAGAGAGGUUCUGGAGAAGAUCAAAGACAGCCCUGAGAGAACCUCCUACAUCUUGAUGGAUAAGAUCAGACCCCAGCCAGCACUGAAUUACUUGCUGAGGGCUCACAGCCCUCUCCAAGUGUCCGAGUGCAUCUCUGAGCUCGGGAUCUUCGGUGUCUAUGUCAGGCAGGGCCAGGAGCUGGUGCUGAACGAGGCCGCGGGGCACCUGCUGCGCACCAAGGCCGUGGAGCACGCGGACGGCGGCGUGGCAGCCGGGGUGGCCGUGCUGGACACGCCCUACCUGCUGUGAGGAGCCGUGCCCCACCCUCCUCUCUGCUGCCUGAAGAGCUGAUCUGCCCCAGGGAUGUCUCCUUACAGUGUGCUUGCCAAGGUCCAGCGUGCUGGAGGCUGUGUGAUGCAGCUGCUCAAAGGUCCUGGGUGCCAGCUCCAGCUGCUUCUGGUGGUUCCCUCUCCAGGAAGAGGAUUCCCUUGCUCUGCCGGCUCAGGGGGCCCUGCCCGGGGCACAGCCCAGCUGUGACUCCCAGGACUGCGGGGUUCUGGAUGUUCCCUUGGGGCCUGGCCUGGGGGCAGAGGGACAUAGAGCAAAGGGUCAGUGUGCCACAGCAGGCCUUUGUGCUGCUCCCACUUCUGAGCUCCCUGAUGCUUCGUGAUUUCUGAAGACACACACAGCCUAAGGAAUGAGAGGAGAAAAGCGGAUGGGCAAGUAUCAGCCUUUAUCUUCAUCCAGUGCCUCAGUGCUCUCCAGCUUAAAGAGAGCUCCAUCCAGCCCCUCCACCCCUCCUUCCUGUGCUGCUGCUGUCCUGAUUUCUAUUUUCCCCUGUGCCUGAGGAUCCUCAGAGUUCCUGCACCAGGCACAGCUGUCCUGGUACUUUGCCCAAGGGCCUCUUGCUUGCUUUUGCUUUGCCCAACUCCUGUUUUAUUGGACUGGGUGCUGGUCCCAAACAGUGCCUCUGUGCCACACAGGGCAGGCAGGAGUGCAGGGUCCAGGACAGGCUCCCACUGCCUCCUGCAGCCUGUCCAACAGAUCUCCAGAGGCUGGUGUAAGAACCCCUCAGAGAUGGAGGCAGCUCCCAAGGCAGCAGUGAAUUGGAGCCUUGUGUGUGUUGAUAAAUCCCAAAUCACCCUGGGUUUGUGCCAGUGCAUCCCACUGCAAAUCAAACACUGAGCAUUGUCCUGUCAGGGAGCCCCAGCCUUGGGAAUGGUCCUGCUGAGAGUGGGAGCUCUGUGUGAGGAAGCAAAGGAAUUUCAGGGGGGCUGGGCAGCACAGCUCCAGCUCCAAGCACCUUACUCUGGGACCAGCACCACUGCAGGGGGAGACGUGGCUCCCUCCAACUUUCAUGGAUCAAUGGGAACAGCAGGGGAGGAGUGUGGGCUCUCCUGCUCAAGGUCUUCUCCCUCUUCCCCAGCCCCCCUUUCCUCCUCAGCCCUAAAAGCUGCACCUUUCUGGCAGUGAAGAGCCCAGGCAGCCUCAGCCCAGCCCUGUCAGUUACACAGAAUUCUGCACAGAGGCAGAAUUCCUGAAGAAUGGAUGUGCUGAGUGGCAGAACCAGCACAAAAGCAGAAUUCCUGCAGAAUGGGUGUGUGACACCCGUGGCUGAGCGACAGCCCUGCUGGCUCUUUGCUGCUGUGGCAUCAAUCACCAAGUGGUCACCUGGGAAACUGCUCCAUUCUUCAAGUGUGACAAACUGGGAUUCCUGGGUGUUUUGCUGGGGGAUUGAUUACCCCAAGCCAGAGAUUAAAAGGAAUGUGCAAUCUGAGUGCUGUUUGUGCCAGGUCUGUCUGAGCCCAGGGGCACACCUGGCUAGGUGUGCAGAGAUCCAUGGCUUUGCCUGGUAGGGGACCAGGCCUGGGGUGGAGGAGAGGCAGCCCUGAGCUGUGCUGACAGCCCUGAGCCUCACCCAGCUCCCUGGCACCAGUGCUACAUGCAGGGGGUGGUGACACGUGGGUGUCACUCUGUCUUGUGCUUUCCACGAGCCUUGGAGCAGCACUGGCUGGAGACCAGGGAGAAACUGAGGCACAGGGUGCUGCCCUGGAGCCAGCACAGCCAGACACAGUAAAUCCCAGUCCAUGGAAAAACAUCAUGCUGGCAGGAACCUGCCCCUCCCCAUCCCAAAAGCCAAUCCUGGUUUCUGGCAUGGCCACUCCAACUGCACUGAACACCCUGGACUCAACAGCACACACUCCAAGCUUGUUUCCGAUUUGUUUUCUUGAAUUUUAUUCCAUUUUGCAUUAAAUUCUCGCUGUUUUCCAGCCAAAAUUACAUAGCUGACAAAGAAUAAGAGGAGGAACGAUGAUGUAGGAAUCCUUGUCACCAAGGUGGCACAAUCCAGUGGUACAGAGCUGUGGGGGCACAUGGGACACAGGCAGGCACCGAGGUAACAGGUGACACAGGUGCUGUGCCAGUGAGAGCAGCAGGUAACAAGUGAGAUUUGGGACUUGGCCAACAGCCCAGCAGAGCACCCCAACAUCUGCCCUGAGUACCCCAACCCAGAGGCAGCUGCUCCCCCUUUCCCAAGUCAGCUCAGGUUGCAGGUAACCCCUGUCCACUGGCACUCCCCAAAACAGCUGUUGCAACAAGUUUUAAACCCCAGUUCUCCUUUGGUUUAAGUGCAAAAUCAAACAGUUCACAUGCAGGUUUCUUGGAGACAUUGCAAAGGAGGUAUCAGCCCCAGCUCAGCCCUGGCUGGAGUUAAAUGUCCUUCACUGGAGGAAGGAUGGCUUUGGCAGGACCAUGGUGGUGGUCAGGCUCUGGGGAAAGAGGUUUGGGGACCUUUAGCUUUGAUCAUCCUUAAGCCAUGUCAGAUUUAAGCAAACACUGAGUUUAAACAUCUCCCACCAUUUCUUCCUGAUGAGGAAAUGUGUAGGACUCCCACAGCCCUGCCUGCCUUGGUGUCUCUGCUGCAGCAGUGGUCAUGGUGCCAUGGGAAAGGUGCCUCUGCCUGGCUCCACUUCCCCUCCAUCCUUUGGUGUAACAGCUCCAGGACACAAAAGGAGCACCCAGCUGCUCCAGCCCUGGUUCAGCUGUGAGCUGGUGGCAGCAGAGCUGGAGGAACCAGGGCUCAGUAGAACAUGUCACACCAAGGCUUUUCCCUUCCUGGCUCCCUGCAGUGUCCAUGGCCAGUGAACGACCCUGGGCUGGGGACAAUGCACUAGCUGGCACAACACAGUGAGGAAGCAGCAGAUCUUGGUAUCACACUGCCCCAAAAAUCCUGCUUAAAGCCCAGAGCUCCCU